UCUUUCAGAUCUUCUCCUUUCUCCUUUCUACCUGUAAACCCUCAACGCGGAUUCUUGCUCUCCGAUCUUCUGCACUUCAACUCCUCCUCAUUUUUCAAUUCAAUUUCACCUUCUCACCUGCUAUCACCGGAAUCAUUCUUCCAUUAUACACCGUUAGUGUUGUGCAUUGCAGAUUAUCGAUUAGGAAGUUUUCGCUUUGUUUCUUGGUAUUUCAGAUUGAGGAUUUGAGGUUGGGGCAGCUUCGGCAUUUUGAUGAAAUGUUGUUGUAUGAGCAUCUAGAAGCUGUGAUAGUGUAUUGAUUAAUGGAGGAUAUCAACAUAGUUAGGUUGUCUCCAUUGAGGCCGGGUGGUGGCGGUUUGAAGUCGCCGUCCUCAGGGAAGUCAACUCCGAGGGGCUCUCCUUCUUUUAGGAGGUUGAGCUCUGGUCGGACUCCGAGAAGAGAGGGCGCCAGAAGUGGUGGUCAUAUUUUUUCCUAUUGCUUCAGAAGCAACCGCAUUGUGCUUUGGCUGCUUUUGAUCACUCUUUGGGCUUAUGCUGGAUUCUAUUUCCAGUCGAGAUGGGCGCACGGAGAUAAUAAGGAAGAUCUUUUCAGUGGUGGCUAUGGAGGUGAAAUAAAUGGUGGAAAACCUGGAUCACAGCGGAAUAACAGGAGGGACUUGAUUGCUGCUGGAGCACUUAAGUCCAUGAACGGGACGAGUAACUCAAGUUUGGAGAAUGUGGAAGGUGAUCUUGCUGAGAGGGGAAGUGGUAAUUCAUUGCAUAAAAGUAAGGCUUCGAAGAAGAGAAGUAAGAGAUCUGGACGUAGUUCACGUAGGAGGAGCUCUAGUAAACUGAAGAUUGUGCCACAAGAUGUAGAAAGUGAAGUUGAUGUACCAAUUGAAGAAAUUCCCAAGAAGAAUACAACUUAUGGAUUCCUUGUUGGUCCAUUUGGCUCUGUAGAGGAUUCGAUUUUAGACUGGAGUCCUGAAAAGCGGUCAGGCACCUGUGACCGGAAGGGUGCAUUUGCACGUCUUGUUUGGUCGAGGAAGUUUGUGUUGAUCUUCCAUGAGCUGACCAUGACAGGAGCCCCUCUUGCAAUGAUGGAGUUGGCAACUGAGUUUCUGAGCUGUGGAGCUACGAUAUCAGUUAUAGUUCUGAACAAAAAAGGCAGCUUGAUGUCAGAACUACACCGAAGGAAAAUUAAAGUGCUCGAGGACAAGUCAGAUGUGAGCUUCAAAACAGCCAUGAAAGCAAAUAUCAUAAUUGCAGGUUCUGCGGUCUGUUCAUCCUGGAUAGAACAAUACCUGUCUCGUACUGUUCUCGGUUCUAGUCAAAUUAUGUGGUGGAUCAUGGAGAAUAGAAGAGAGUAUUUUGAUCGGUCAAAGCAUGUGCUCAACAGAGUAAAGAAGUUGAUUUUUCUUUCUGAACAACAAUCCAAGCAGUGGUUAGCCUGGUGUGAGGAAGAAAAGAUCAAGUUAAAAGAAGAGCCUGCAUUGGUGCCACUCUCAGUCAAUGAUGAGCUUGCCUUUGCAGCAGGCAUCUCAUGCUCGCUAAAUACUCCAUCAUUCACUACACAAAACAUGCUACAAAAGAGACAGUCAUUGAGAAAUGCUGUUAGACAAGAAAUGGGACUGACUGAUGAUGAUAUGUUGGCUGUUACCUUGAGCAGUAUCAACCCUGGAAAGGGUCAGUUAUUGUUUAUGGAGUCGGCCCGUUUGGUAAUUGACCAAGGCCAACAGCUGAACAGUUCUGGCCUGAAAGAUCCAAUCCUAAUGGAUCACGAUUAUUAUUCAAGAGCUCUACUUCAGAAUCGGAGAAGGGACAUUAAAUCUUACAGUGGACCAAAGCUCUCUGGUAAAUCUUCAAACACAGACACGCCCAUAAAGAAAAGAAUAAGGUCAUCACAUAUCUUCACCAACGAGGGUAGACUUGAUACUACGAUGUAUGGUAGAGAUGCUAGAAGGAGAAAAAUGUUGUCCCAAAAUGUUGGAAAGAAGGGACAGAAUCUUAAGGUACUCAUUGGCUCAGUCGGAUCUAAAAGCAAUAAAGUACCUUAUGUGAAAACACUUCUUACGUACCUAUCAACGCACUCAAAGUUGUCGAAGUCUGUGCUGUGGACUCCAGCAACAACUCGUGUUGCCUCCCUUUAUGCCGCAGCAGAUGUUUAUGUAAUGAAUUCUCAGGGAAUAGGAGAGACAUUUGGAAGGGUAACAAUUGAGGCCAUGGCAUUCGGACUUCCUGUGCUGGGAACGGAUUCUGGAGGCACAAGGGAGAUUGUCGAGCACAAUGUAACGGGGCUACUCCAUCCUUUGGGGCGCCCGGGCUGUCAGGUUCUUGCAAGAAACCUCGAAUUCUUUCUUGAGAAUCCAUCAGCAAGGCAAGAAAUGGGAAUGAGGGGAAGAGAGAAGGUUGAGAAGAUGUACAUGAAAAAGCAUAUGUUUCAGAAAUUCGGUGAGGUGUUGUACAAGUGCAUGAGAAUUAAGUAGCAUCUCACUCUUCUACUUUCAAUCUACUUUGGAAAUGGCUUGAUUAGCACAUUGCUGCUAUUAUAGCUUCAGAAAUGAUAUACAUACCUAUUUCUUCA